AUGAAAUUGGCAGAUACAAAGUUCCCCCAUCACGUCUUGACAGAAGAGGAGUAUCUAUUCGUGGUGAAUGACUUCUUGAGGGAGAUGUACCCAGAAGAAACGCCGUUUAAAAACUUACCUCAAGGCCUAGCCGAUCGGUAUCAGCACACAUUUGGUUUGGGUGGCGAGCUGAACAUUGUGGGCGUCAGAGCAGGAGAAGAAAUGUCAGAAAAUCGAGCCAUGGAGUUGCAGUACGCCUGUAUGGAAGCGAUCAACGAAAUCAACUAUAUUUUCGACCCAACUGCGACUGACAAAAAAAUUGAGCUCCCAGUGUUCAGAUCUUGGGAAACGGAUGGGACGCUUAAUAAGAAUGGCAACGCUGGUUCCAACUCGACGGGUCCCACGUCAGGUGGAGGAGCUCAAAAUGGGAAAGGACUCAACUCCACAUCCACUGGAAACGGUGCUGGAGGGAAUGGAUCUGGUCCUCCUAGUACCAACGCAACAAACAUCAACAAUACCCAAAACAAUGGAAAUCUCCAAAACAAUGCUGGUGGCGGGAACAACGGUGGAAACAACACCUCAACUGGUGGUGGUGGUGGUGGUGGUGGGCAAGGUGGACCUGUGAGUUCAAACUCGACAGGACAACCCGAUGGGGGUCCUGGUGGUGGUCCUACUGGUAGUGGUGGCGACUCCAACUCAACACAACAGGGAGGGCCACAGAAUGGAAACGGGCCCAACACAAACUCUACUGGCAACUCUGCAGGAGGGAAUGGUUCUGGCCCCCCACAAGGUGGAAAUGGUAAUCCCCAAAACAAUGGUGGUGGUGGUGGUGGUGGUGGUGGCAAUGCAACACAAGGUGGAGGACCUCAGAGUGGAGGACCUCAAGUGGGAAAGGAACCAACUCCACAUCCACUGGAAAUGGUGCUGGAGGGAAUGGAUCCGGUCCUCCUAGUACCAACUCAACAAACAAUGGUAGUCCCCAAAACAACGCUGGUGGCGGGAACAGCGGUGGAAACAACACCUCAGCUGGUGGUGGUGGGCAAGGUGGACCUCUCUGCAGGAGGGAAUGGUUCUGGCCCCCCACAAGGUGGAAAUAGUAGUCCCCAAAAUAAUGGUGGUGGUGGCAACGCAACACAAGGUGGUGGCCCUCAGAGUGGAGGACCUCAGAGUGGAGGACCUCAGAAUGGGAAAGGACCCAACUCCACAUCCACUGGAAAUGGUGCUGGAGGGAAUGGAUCUGGUAAUCCUAGUACCAACUCGACAAACAAUGGUAGUCCCCAAAACAAUGCUGGUGGCGGGAACAACGGUGGAAACAACACCUCAACUGGUGGUGGUGGUGGGCAAGGUGGACCUGUGAGUUCAAACUCGACCGGACAACCUGAUGGGGGUCCUGGUGGUGGUGGUCGUCCUACUGGUAGUGGUGGUGGAUCCAACUCAACACAACAGGGAGGGCCGCAAAAUGGAAACGGGCCCAACACAAACUCUACUGGCAACUCUGCAGGAGGGAAUGGUUCUGGCCCCCCACAAGGUGGAAAUGGUAAUCCCCAAAACAAUGGUGGUGGUGGUGGUGGUGGCAAUGCAACACAAGGAGGCCACGGCCCACAAAAUCAAGGUGGAAAUGCAACGCAAGGAGGCAACGGCCCACGAAAUCAAGGUGGAAAUGCAACGCAAGGAGGCAACGGCCCACGAAAUCAAGGUGGCAAUGCAACACAAGUUGGCGGUGGGCCUCAAAGCCAAGGGAGCGGGAAUUCAACUCAAGGAAGCAGUGGACCUGGUCCAAGCAAUGGUGGAAACAACACAAAGCCAGAAGGUCCGCCAACUGGCGGAUCAAAUGCAACACAGACAGGCCCUCCAGCUGGUGGAAAAGCUCAGGGAAAUAGUGACACGAAUGCAACAGAAGGUGGCAACGGAUCUAUUGGCACACAACCAGAUGCCCCUCCUUCUCCGCCUGGCCCUCCGGAUGGAGCAGCACCGGGCGGGAAUAGAACCGAAGGACUCGGGGACAGUGAGCCUGUGGCGAUUGGGGUCGGCAAUGCUUCCUCUCCUGGCGAGCCACCCAUUCCGAUACCAAUAGACAACGAGGAAAACGAACCCGAAGUACCCCCUGAUUUGCCAACAGGCAACGGAACAGUGGCUGCUGAAAUGCCUGUGGCCGGAGAUGUUUCCUCAGGAAACGAGACGAUCACUGAGGAAGAAUCUUCAAUCGAGGAGAUAGAUUGGCAGGAGGAGCUCGAUGAGUCUGACAUUGAAACGAUAGCAAAUUCCAGUUCCGGAGGGGAAAAUGCCGGCACUGGAAAUCAAGGAGCGCAGCCGCCUUCGGUAGUGCCAAAUGGCACAAGCGUUGUACCUCUGACUCCUCCUGCAAAUGGGAAUGGAACGAACUUGGGGCAAGCAAAUUUGGGAGGAAGUGUUGACGGCAAUGCUCCAGGAGCAAGAACAGUAACUGUAACCUCUGGUGUCAUCGUCAAGACAGACCAACCAAUCUCCGCAUCCGACGCUAGCGUGCUUACGUUGGCAGGAGCUUAUUCAGACAUGCUCCUCGCAGUUGCGUCAGGCUUGGCUGCCGGCAGGAGGCGACUACGGGUCAGUCGACGGCGACUGGCGACUUUGGAUGAGGGAAGUAUUCGAAUCUAUGCUGUGGAACCAGCCGCCUGUCCGCAAACAGCAGCAACCACACAGCGUCAUCUCCGUCAUCUCCAGGCAAAUGCUAGUUCCGGUGAGACCUGCAGCAAGCUGUCGGCCAUGUACGACGUCAUUUUGGACCCGGAGGAAGAUCCUGAUGAAGUAGCGUCACAGUUUUCUGCAGCCACUGAUCAAGCAAUUGACGACGGCAAGCUCCAAGAGAGUAUUUUGAAAACUGAUCCUACUUCAAGUAUCGUCGUGGAAGAGUCAACCGAACCCGCGCCUGUGCCCACGCAACCGCCUUCAAUUGGGGAGCAGACAGAAGCACCUCGUGGCAACACAACAAACAAUACGGGGAACGCGACAAAAGCACCAACACCAGAUGAAAAGGACAAAGAUGGGAGCAGUGGAGGCUCGCCUAUGGGUAUGAUCAUAGGUAUUGUUGUCGGUGUUCUCGUGCUGUGUGGAGGCGGAGCAUUGCUCUUCUUCUUCAUGCAGAAGAAUCAGGCCGUGAGUGAUGAAGCUGACGAGAAGGCAGUCGAUGAAGAGGCACCCGAAAAGGAUGAAGGCGGUGACCUCAACAAGAAUGAUGCGAUGACUGAUGAUGAAGGUUCUGGCUUGCUAUCAAAUGAAGCUCCUGAUGUUGAAGAUAGCGACAAGUCACCUGGAGUUGUUAGCGACGAGGAUGCAGUGCCGGUGGAAUCAUUCGAGGACGAACCUCAAAAUGAAGAGGCCGUUGCCGAAAUCACCGAAGACGAGGUGGAGGAAGAAAAGGUGGAACAAGACAGCAAAGACGGAUCAGAGUUUGAAUCAGAGAGUGAGAAGGGAGAUGUCAACGAGAUUGAGGAAGACGAGGUGGCUAAAGAGUCGGAAUUCGAGUCUGAGUCUGAUUCCGAUUCCGAAAAGGACGAUCAGAAGGACGAAGAGGUCUUUGAAGACGAGCCAGCCGCUGACCCUCCGUCUGAUACUCAUGGCGAAGAACCUGAAGGUGCUACCGUGGCAGCUGCAGAAAGAGGCAUGGCAGAUGAUGCCGAGGAUUCUGAAACAAGCCAAGAGCAAAUGGAAUCGACGCCUCCAGAAAAAGAGGAUGGUAGUGAAGCUGAUGAAAGUGAUGACUCAGAGGGAGAGGGAGACUCUGACAAUGAAGGCCAAUCCAAUGCCACGGAACCAGAGGCCCAAGAAGAGGAGGCUAGUGAAUCUGAGGAAGGAGAGGAUGACUCAGAGAACGAAGACCAAGCCGAUGCCGAUCCCAUGGAAUCGAAUGCUCAAGAAAAGGCAGAGAAGGAGGAUGCUAGUGAAUCAGAUGACAGUGAAGCUCGCGAGGGUGAUGCUUCAGAAAAAUUGGAGGACUCAGACGAUGAAGACCAAGCUGGUGCUAUGGAGUCGACGGAUGAACAAAAGGAGGAUGCAAGUGAAGCUGACAAGGGUGAUGCUUCAGAGGGAGAGGAGGAUUCAGAUAACGAAGACCAACCUGAUGGCACAGAAUCAGAGGCAGGAGAAAAGGAGGAGGAAGGAAAGGAGAGCAGCGAAGCUGACAAGGCUGAUGACUCAGAUGGAGAGGAGGAUUCAGACAACGAAGACCAACCUGAUGCCACCGAACCAACAGCUGAUGACAAGGAGGAGGCCAGUGUGGAUGACAAGGGUGACGCUUUGGAAGGGGAAGAGGAUGCAGAGAAUGAAGAUCGAACUGAUGCUGUGGAAUCCUUGGCUGAAGAAAAGGUUGAGGCCAGUGAAGCUGAGGAUGGCGAUGCAUCAGAAAAAGAGGAGGAUUCAGAGAAUGAAGAACAAACUGAUGCUGCAGAAUCAGCCGCUGAAGAACAGGAGGAGGCCAGUGGAGCUAAGGAGGGUGAUGCUGCAGAAAAAGAGGAGUCAGAGAACGAAGAGCAAACUGAUGCCGCAGAACCAUCCAACGAAGCAAAGGAGGAGGCUAGCGAAGCUGACAAGGUUGAUCCUUCAUCAGGAGAGAAGGAUUCAGAGAAUGAGGAGCAAGCUGAUAAUGCAGGACCAGUGGACAAAGAAAAGGAUGAGGCUAGCGACAAGGGUGAUGCUUCAGAGGGAGAGGAGGGUUCAGAGAAUGACGACCAUGCUGAUGCCACAGAAUCUGAGGCUGAACAAAAGGAUGAGGCUAGCGAAGCUGACAAGGGUGAUGCUUCAGAGGGAGAGGAGGAUCCAGAGAAUGAUGACCAAGCCGAUGCCACAGAAUUAGAGGCCGAAGAAAGAGGGACCAGUGAAGCUGCCAAGGGUGAUUCUUCAGAUGGAGAAGAUUCAGAGGACGGAGAUUAA